UGGGAUUCCAAGCCAACCAAAUUGAGCUCAUUUGCCGUCCCGCGCUCGUGACACCAUGGCGACGACUCCGAUUGCAGGCAUUGCGCAGCUCCAGCACCGACUCGCAGAGCUGGCUCCCAAGCUUGCACCGCAGCCGAUGCCCAAGUUCCAGCCAACGCAUUCGAAGGCGACGGUCGGCAAGACUGCUCAUGUCGCUCGCGGUCUGGACCUUCUCAUGCUGAUGUGUGCGACCCAAGCGCAGAAGGAAGAGGUGCUGGAGCUUGUUCAAAAGUUCAACAAGUCUCCCGAGUCGGACGAAAUCGCAAUCCUCGGCGCAUUUGACGCAGCCACCAAUGCCUUCAACCUCACGAAGGCCACCUAUUUAAGCGAAACGCCCAUGCUCGUGCACAACUUUGUCGAGCUCGUUGAGCUGCAAGUCGAAGACCCCGAGGCGGCUGCAGAGGCCAUUGACGCACUGCUUGCAACCAACGGCCAUGACGUGUCGGAACGUUCCAUUGCCGAAGAGUGCUUGUCCGUCGCAUAUGCUCUGCACACGCUUCUCCGCGCGUUCCCGAGCAUUCCAUUUACCAUCCAAGGCUCGCCCGUAGAGAUCAACGAAACUACUGAAGUCCUCCCGCUCUUCCUACCCCUUUUUGCUGCCCCCGAGAAGACUAAGGCGGUGCAUACGAAGAGCAAGACCGCGACCAAGAAACGCAAGCAGCGCGUAUAAUUGUUCCAAUAUCUAAAGCCUCAGCAUUUACUCGUUGAUCAAGUGUAUGGUGCUUGGC